AAACAUUAUCCCGUACAAAGAAGUACAAUACAGCAGUUAGCAGUUUUCAGGCGCUACAGUGGUAUUACGUGCUAGUUUUUCGAAUAUUCUUUCCCUUGCCAGAAUCCGUACCUAAAUUCGCAAGAAUACAGCGAUAACGUGAUCACAUUCACAGUCAGUCAUAGACAAAAUUGUAUAAUAUUACUGUGGCUGGAGCAGGAAAUGACUCCAUCUCCAUUGGCUACUUUUUUCCAACCUAAUGGCCAGAACGGACGAGCCCUGUUUUGAAAAUCUGGACAGACUUGGCAGGCAUUACCGCGUGCCCGCACAGUCCAAGAGCGCUAUACCUUGCGAGGAUCCACGAAGCAAUACCGCCAAAAUUAAACGGUCAGCGACCUGUUGUUCCAAGUGCGGAAAACGGAAGCGUCUAAUUGCAGAAGCGGAAGAGCGCGGAAAUCCAAUACAGAAUUGCGGUGAUUUUGUUACUGACAGUUUUCCAAACACCACGGCAUGUCCGAGAGAUGAAUUUACCGACUACACAAAAAAAUGCCGGGAACCGAACAUACAGCCACCACGUAAACCUGCAGUUGCACACGAAGAAACGUGUGACAAAGUGACGCAAUGUUCUAAGCACUGUCACCAUCAAAAUCGCCGCAAUGACACCAAAGUACAGUGUGAACUGGCUAUUGAUGCCCUCAACAAAAAGGUCAGCCUGGUUCUGGAGCCCUGUUCCCAGAAACAACGGCGAAGAUCCGUCCAAAGUAUGACCUCCAGUCCUUGUCGAAAGCACGCACGUCAUCGGCACGUGAUACGAAUUCCUUGUGGAAACCCGAAAAAGGGCGCAUCCAGCGUUAGUCCGUGUGCGCCCAAUCAUGAAAACCGGUCCCAAUCAGAAGACUCCUCGUGCUCCAAAGACAGGUAUCCUAAUAGAAAGCAUGGCAAUCCGAUGAACAACGACCCCGGGAAGACAGACUAUUCGGAAGUCGGCAAAAAGAUUUGGCAAACCAUGUUCGAAGCCACGGAGCCGACGUUCGUGGGCGGGAAACGGGACAACAAGGACGGUGACAGCUGCCGGUCGACGCCGCCCCGGAAGGCUCGCUCACCCUGCCGACCACCCCCGCGGAAGGUGACGUGGCGGCAGCCGCAUUGUUCCCCGAAGCCCGACUGCCGGAAAGCAGCGGAUCCGGUGAUGGAGCAUCGCAUACCCGACCCGUGCCAAGCAUCCGGGAAGUACAUCAAAAUGAAGUUUGGCAAGCACUUUCACCUGGUUGAACUGCCGGAACGCGUUGAUGAACCCGAUGAUGAUGAAGUGCAAAUAUUGUUCCGCCAAGGCAAAAAUGUAACGUGGAGGAAGUACAAAGUUUUUGAUAAAUAAUGACGAUUUCACAGUGAUGUUAUUAAUAUUGUUUAGACAUCUACAUGUUCGGUAGGCUGUUUUGGUCUGGUGACUAAAAUCCAGGUAGAAAUAAUCGGAAAGCCGCAUUCUGGCUGUUGUAUGUGUACACAGCAAUGGUUAUACACAGAAAGGGUUUCUGCGUACAAUGAUUUUGCACUCCACGAUAUAAAUUGUUUAAUUUACUGUAUUUACCGGUAUUUUGAG